AGUCCGCUACCUUCUGAGGAACAACGUGAGUCCAGACCUCUGCAAUGAAGACGGCCUCACCGCUCUGCAUCAGUGUUGUAUAGACAACUAUGAGGAGAUGGUGAAGAUCCUGUUGGACCGAGGAGCCAGUGUUAACGCUCAGGACAAUGAGCUUUGGACGCCGCUGCACGCCGCUGCCACCUGUGGCCACGCAGGACUCGUCAAGAUACUGAUUGCGCAUGGUGCAGAUCUGCUGGCAGUCAACUCUGACGGGAACAUGCCCUAUGACCUGUGUGAGGAUGACCCGACACUGGACAUCAUAGAAACUGCCAUGGCCAACAGAGGCAUCACCCAGGAGAUGAUCAACGAGACGCGAGCCUCCACCGAGAGGAGGAUGCUGGGAGACAUUCAGGACCUGCUGAGACAAGGAGAGGAGGUCAACCAGCAGGACUCUCAGGGAGCCACACUGCUUCACAUUGCGUCAGCGAACGGCUACGUGCAGGCUGCAGAGCUGCUGCUGGAGGGGGGGGCGCGCAUGGACCUGAGGGACUCAGAUGGAUGGCAGCCUCUCCAUGCGGCGGCCUGCUGGGGUCAGAUGCAGGUGGCAGAGCUGCUGGUGUCACAUGGAGCCAGUCUCAAUGCCAAGACCAUCAUAGAAGAGACUCCCAUCGAUCUGUGUGAGGACGAGGAGUUCAGAGCCAUCCUCCUUGACCUGAAACACAAACACGAGACCAUCAUGAAGUCGCAGCUCAAACACAAGACCUCGCUGUGCAGGCGGACGUCCAGCGCAGGCAGCCGUGGAAAAGUGGUGCGGCGAGCCAGUCUGUCGGACAGGCACAACUUGUGUCGCAAAGAGUACGAGACCGAGGCCAUCGUUUGGAGGGGCGGCAGAGAGGAGGAUGUGGACAAAGAGAAGGAACCUGAUCAGGAGAAUAUUAAGGUGGUUCAUGUGAAGCCAGUCGUAGCUGUGGAGCUGCCAGACAAGUCCAAGCUCCCUACCAUCCUCAAAGAUGGCAGCGGCAAACAAAACGGUCUCAUCAUCACCACGACGUCCACGCCGUCUCAGCCUCCCUCCAACGGCAGCGCGCCGUCGGUCAGCAAGGCGGGGGUGGUCACCGCUCAGCCUGCCCCGGAGGAGGCCUUGCCAAAGGAGCGCCCCCAGACUCUGUCGGAGUUGAAGAAGCAGAGGGCUGCCGCCAAGCUGUUGAAUCACCCCUUGUUCAACGGUCACCUUGGCAACGGCUCCACGGACUCCUUCACCGAUGCCAAAACCAACUCCGAGGAUCCUCGGAUGCCUCUGGUCUCCUCCAAUGGCAACGCAGUUUACUACACCCCCGCCAGCGGCGACCCGCCCCUGCUGAAGCUGAAGCAGCCCGUGGAGGAGGAGCAGCCAAAGUCGCGGACCUGCUGCUGUGUGUCUUAGCAUGCGGGCCACGGCAGGAUGGAAUGCGCUGCACAAGGGAGGAAGGAAGGAAAUGGGAAGUAUUCCUGUCUUUAGCAUCCUGUUCGUCCCCCACUUUAAACUUUGUCCAGAGUUGUCGUGGGAGGGGGGGCGCGAAAACUUCUCCUUGGACCCCUGCGUCAAACGAGUCAGCCUCUAUUAGGAGACCUCUCUCCCCACGCACAGGCACCGGUCAAGUGUAGAAGAGAUAAGGAGAGCGGCUGUUAAGUCCGUCAUUGAUUUCUGCCGACAUCACUUGGAUAGUGUCCCUAUACUUAGUGGUUUAAAGAGGAUGAGCCAAAUGGGUUAAGGGAAGAAGUCUUUUCUGUGGCCUCGCUACGUGAGAAUCAAAGAGACAAGUUGUUUGAGACUUUUUACCUUUUUACAGGGUCGAGAUUUUCAGCAAGGGAAGAGAACGCUUUACAUGGUGAUUUUCAAAAGCAGAUCGUUUAUCAGAUCUUUGAGAAGGAAUUCCUCGGGGACAAACUCGCACUGUUGUCCAGAUACGAGGCUCUGCUUUUGGACAUUCCCACAACACGGGAGGAGCAACAAAAUGUAGCAAGAAUUCAACACUGUCAAAGUCUGUUCGUGUAAGAUCCCCCUGUAAAUCUAAAGGGAUGCUAAAAAAAACAGUGCUUAGCUUAAGAGGCGUACUCCUACAGGGGGGAGGAGAGAUCCUGGGGAAAGGACAAAGAACUGCACUUGUGUUUCAGCUACAAAACUUACUGUAUUCUGUCGGCCAUCCUUCACCACACCGUCCUCUCAUAUCAGACCUAAACUGACAUUUUGUGUAAUCCCCUUUGUGCUCGCUCGUAGAGGUAAUUUAAGCAAGUACUUUCUGUACAUUUUGUUAUUUAUCGACAUUAAUGUGUAAAAACAAAAAUCCUGGUUUCUAACUUUGAGUAUUUAUUAUUUGGAUGCUGUGUGAAGAGUGUGAGUGUAGUAUGAGAUGAGCUGGAGCAGGAACUGUUCCAGCAAAAGCACCUUCUGACAUAGAAAAAAAAAUCAAUUGAGUAGUUAGUGUAUUAUGUGUCUAAAUGUUAAUACAAGCCAUUCAUUCAUUUUUGUGUCAUUACAAAUAACAAUGUUGUUUGUUUUGUUUUGUCCCCGGUGGCCAUUGUGUGGCUCUCGCUUCUCCCACUCACAGUAUUUGUGUUAUUAACAGAAACUGUAAAUUUUUGUCUCGUGAAUGUGGUUACAGAGGAUGCAAACCAACUUCCUUAUUGCCUGUUUUUUAAACAACUUUUAGUAGAUGGAAGGAGGAUGUAGCAGGCCCAUACUGUCCACCCAUAUCAGAUGUCCUUUAAUGCAUCAUGACAUUAAAGGGCACACUUGUACAUAGUUUCCAAUGUAAAAACAACUCAAUUAAAGGAAGUGUUAAACAAUUAUGAAACAGUUAUAGUUACCUUUAGAAAAUGACCGGCAUAAACAAGCAGGUACAGUCAGCAGCUGCAACCACAGUGCUAAUUUAUUAUUAUUAUUUUUUUAUUUAGCCAAAAAUAGCAAGGCAAAACUAUUCCGAAAUGUUAUUUGUCAAGUCAGGGCACUAGUGCCGAAUGUUGUCAUGGACCUCAUCUGUCUGCUGUCAGAUUACCCUCCGAUUACUGUGACCUGAACACCGACGGGUGUUGGAUCCAGAUUAGCCAACUGUGAGCAUGAAUCCACUUAAAAAGGAAAAGCCAAAGCGCAGAGCACGGACAAUCAAAAAAAAGUUGUUUUUUUUCACAAAUCCAACACUGUUUUUCCACGCUCUACCCAUCUUUCCACUCUUUAAAAAAUAUAUAUUUUUAAUUUAUUUUAUUCAGUUGAGAAACAAAGGCAAAACAUCAAAAACCCUGAUUGGAUCCAGAUUACAAACCCAGUCCCUUGAAUCUUUUAAUCACAGUGCGUUUUCUUUCACUGAUGUAAAAAAGAAAAGAGAAAAGCUUUACAUUACACAUGUCAGCUUUGUGCUCAGCCAUGCCAAAAUGUCUUUAUCUGCAUUUUAUAGAUAUUAAUGAGGCCGUACGAUGGACUGGCGGAUCGUCCAAGGUGUAGCCCACCUCUCGCCUAUUGACUACUGGGAUAUUAAUGAUGUCAUGAAACGCCACUCUGCAAAAGUUUCCCAAAUUCCUUUCCGGUUGCUACGCUAAAGUAAGAUGGCCAGCUGCUGACUGUGGCUCAGUAGGGAACGAGCACGAGAAUAGCACCAACCCGUUUAAUCUCAGAGAGAAAACGGGUUCAUGUUGGACUAUUCCUUAAAUCCAACAGCUCCUCUGAUCAUGUGAGUGCCAAAGAGUCUUUCAGGAGAUAAAAAAAGAGAGUUCAGAAAGUUCAGGGAAGACUGUCUUUGCCAUUGAAGAGAUUUAACAAACUGAUGACCCAUAAUGCCCCAUUCUGCCCCACUUUAUCCCCUGACAUAGACUGUACAGUGUUAAAUAUUUGUACAGAUUGGUUUGUAAAUAUGUUUGUAUUAGUACCCCCUGAUAUGUUCUUACAAUUUACAUUUACACGUGUGUGUUGUUGCUGUCCAGGAACAUUUAAGAAAAUACAUUCAAUUGUACCGAUUAACGCUGUGUGCACCGAUCGGUUCUAAAAAGAGGCAAACAGCUAAUCAGAAGUCAAGGAAAACUAAUGAAUAUUUUACAUUGGCUUCCCUGCCUGACCGCAAGCAGUGAAAGCAGCAGUUUUUAUUUAAAAGUAAUUUAAAGAAAGUCCAAAUGAAUUCAAAUAUUGUCCCUUUAAUAGAAAUGAAUGAGUUUUUGAAUGAGCAAAGACAUCUGCUUUUAGUACAUUUGCGUCUGCUGAAAACUCAAACGUCAAAGACGUCAAAGUUUAAACUCGUGAUGAAUGAAAUCAUCAAUUGGUGUGGAAAAAUGUCAAACUACGCCCUGGUUGGUGUGAGUCAGAAGGGGGACAGUCGCCUGUUAAAACGAACCUGUGUUCUCGUACGAUCUCAUCCCUGUAGACGGCAAGCCUUUUUGUCUAAAGGGAUCAUGUGAUAAAGAGGACGAACUACUGAUUUUGUAAUUACUGGAACAUAUUGAUGGUUGCAUUAACAUAUUUUGAAUAAAUUGUAUAUUUUGAGAAUUUAAGAUGGCGUCUGAAUGAGUAAAGAUGUCCUGUCAGUUCCUUUGGUCUUC